CCCGCCCGACUGCCUCCUCUCCCCCAUCCUCCCGCAUCGAUGGCGGCCAAGGUCUCCCUCCCGAGUAUCAACGAGAUGUUCCCUGGUGCGUCUCCCCUCUCCGUCUUCGCCCCCAGCUCCUGCUGAUCUCCGCGACAGAGCACAUGCUCGGGCCCUUGUACACCGACAGAGACCGUUCGCCCUCCACCCAGGUCCGUCUCCCGUCGGAUCGUCUCCCGCUCUCCAUGCUCACUGACGUCCAGGCACACGAGCCGCAGCAGGCCCUGCGGCCGCACGACCCGGGCUAUGCGCCACACCCCUCUGUGUCCCCUGACUCGGCCUACGACGCCACACCUGCCCCCGCGCCGCCUCGCUCAAGACCCAGCUUCCGCGUCCAGAUCCCGCCGCCGCCGCCCUACGAGCCCUCGUCGUCGUCGUACACACCCUCGUCGUCGUACGCCCCGUCAUCGUCAACCAGCGCUUACCCGCCCUCGUCGGCCUACACGCCGUCCUCCUCCACCUCGACCCUCCCCUCGUAUGCGCCGUCACCAGCGACGUUCCGCGCGGUCCCGCUGCCGUCUCCGUACACGCUGCCGACCGCAGACGCCUUUGCGCCCUCGUUCGUGCCGCCGCAGUUCGCCCCGCAGCAGCCGUACGCGAGCCCAGCGCAGCUCGGCCCCCAGCCGUACGUCAGCGCCGCGCACUUUGGCGGCGCGGGCGGCCCCAUGGUGAGCGUCGCGAGCGAAGAAAAGAAACACUGCUGCCCGCACUGCCUCAAACGCUUCAACCGGCCGAGCAGCCUGAGCAUCCACGUCAACACGCACACAGGCGCCAAGCGUGAGUCUUGUCUCCCGCCCCGUUUCUUCCGUUGUGCGCGCCCGUGUGUAACCGUUGUGCCUCGACGACAGCGUUCAAGUGUCCCUUCCCCGGCUGCAGCCGCGCCUUCAACGUGAACUCGAACAUGCGCCGCCACUGGCGCAACCACCUCUCGGCCGCACGACGUGCGGGCGGCGGCGGCGGCGGCGGCGUGGGGCCAGGCGCUCCGUUCGGCAUGAGCCCCGUCGCCGUGCCAGACGCGCCUCCCGCACACGAACAAGCACCGUCGGCGUUCAGGCACGACGCUGAAUUCCCACCCGCCCCGCUGCGCGCGCAAGCCCCCGCAGGCUUCCCGCCGGCUGCCGCGGGCCCCCGUGUCACAGGCUACGUCGUCACCCCGCCCAGUUAUGCCCCCCAGGCCCAUGCAGCGGCAGAACUGCCCGAGACACGGCCGCGGUACACGCACGGCGACGCACACGCGUCGCGCUCGUACGUGCGAGACUACCACCGCGACGGCGAAUACAGCGCUCGGCUGCCACUGCCGCACACGCCGCCAAGAGAGGCGAGGGAGGAACGCGCGCCGCCGACACCGCCCCUGAGCCACUCGGCGUCGAGCUCGCCGCAGAGCUCGAGCGGGCACAGUUUGCCGCCUGUCGGCGUGCCUCCGCAGUCGGCGUAUGCGCCGGCGUACUACACGGGUGCGUCGAAGACGUCGUAUGUGGCAUACGCGGCGUUCGAGCCGACACGUACGUUGCCCGGCGCAGAGGCGCACCGACGUGCAGACGAGCUGCCGUCGCCGGGGAGUUCGCGCGAACGCGGGUAUGACAGGCGGGUGUACGAUGACGAUGGCAGCGCGCGUGACGAUGAUGCAGGAGACGAAGACGACGACGACGACGAGGCGUACAGCGAGGAACAGGACGCGGACGCGCUCGCAGACAUGAACGACAACGACGAAAAUGACGACGAGGACGAGGACGACGCGUACCCGCCCCCGCCGCUGUCCCCACAGGCGCACCUCGCACCGCCGCCUGCGCCGCUACACGGGCGCACGCGCAGCCG